UGCUGGGUUGUUUGAAUGUUUGGAUUGUGGAGGAGUUUUGGCGAAACUGCAGAGUUUGGAAAUUAUCUACUUUAUAAUAUAUAAAACAUUUAGAACACGUAUUUCUGUCAACAAGCCAGCUUCUGGAACAUAUCUGAAAAAGAAAUAAAAGAAAAUCUGGGAAAUCCAGAAAAGAAGGACUGGGAAAAAUACAAAAGAGAAAGAAAAAGAGAAGGGGAAACUGGAAUCUUACUAAGAGCGCUAUAGGCUCCGUCUUCAAAGUCGCAGGCCGUCAUAUUAGAAAUCCAACUACACAAUGAGAAGAAAACACGUUUAAGUCAUCGGGGAUAAAUUGAAUUUUUAUUUUAAUUAAACCGCGUAGUGUACGCAACGUUUUCAAAGACUUGACUGUUUUGUUUUUGUACGGCACGUCGUAAUGUUUUGAAAAUAACAAGGAAUAAAUCGGACUAUUAUACUGUUUUUUUUUUUUUUUUUUUUUAAUUGAAAUCAUGCAAAUGAACAGGGUACUUUUGAAUUUUUAAGUCCCAUAUAGGCUAUACCAGUAAUCUGAAUGUAGUAUAGUGUAAUCAUUUUCUUCCGGUUUUGGGAUGUCACAUGUUUUUUCAACGAUAGUCUUUUUUUUUUUUUUUUUUUAAACAAAAUCUGACAAACAUAAUUCAAAGUAGUUUGUAUUAAACUGUCCUUCGGCUUGUUAGAAGUGUUUUUAUUUUAUUUUUUUAAAACGUUUCUAAAACAGUUUAUAUCUGUUGUUGUGCCUUGUAAGUGAUGAUUACACCUGUUGCUUCCCCUGUAUCUAACAUGAACUGAUGACCCUAAGGCAACAGGGGGGGUGAAUUUUACUGGCUGUAUAUUAGUUUAUUUGGCAUUGACAGUGUUUUGUAUAUAUUCACGUUUGUUUAUGAAAGUAAGCAGAAGAUGAAAGUAACUGUGAGUUUUGGAAGGACUGGAGUGGUUGUCCCUUGCAGAGAUGAGUGGACGGUCAGAGAGUUAAUACAGCAAGCAACUCAAAGAUACAUUAAAACGCUGGAAAAGGAUGGCAGUUACUCAGUAAAGAUUCAUCACAUUGAAUACAUAGAUGGAGGAAUACUGGAUCCAGAUGAUGUUUUGGCAGAUCUUGUGGAUGACAAGGAUAAGCUUAUUGCUUACUAUGAGGAGCAGUUGACACAGCAGAGAGAGGGCCUUAAUGGUACCCUGACAGGAAGACGGAGCUCCCCAGACCACUUUGAGAAUGGAGUGUCUGCCCAGCUUGCCGUCUUCCAGCCAAUCAGCGGAGAGAUUGAGGUCAACUCUUCUGCACUGAAAUCCAGUACACCACUCAUGGUGCGGCGGAGCAGCGACCCGGCACUCUGCCCACCUGCUGAAUUUCACACCGGUGUUUCACAUCCGGAAGAUGUCAGUCUGAAACCCAGCACUACGGGUGUAAACCAAGCAUUGACAGAUGAGGGGGGAGCUGACCAGAGCCGAAGAGCAGCAGUGGAGACAACCCAAAUGCAGCAAAUUGUCUACAGUGACCUGGCAAGGAAGGUGACGCUUGCUGGAGAUGAUGGACCCCUGGGGAUCCAUGUAGUGCCCUACGUUUCAUCUCUCAACGGAAGGGCACUUGGUCUGUACAUCCGGGGUGUGGAAGAAAACAGCAGAUCCAAAAGGGAAGGCCUUUUUCAAGACAACGAAUGCAUUGUUAAAAUCAAUAAUGUAGACUUAAUGGACAAAUCAUUCGCUCAAUCGCAAGAGUUGUUCCGACAAGCCAUGAAAAAUCAAACCGUCAGCCUGGAUGUGCUACCUGCACCCAACAGAGAUAGAUAUGAAAAGACUCUGAUUGGUCACCUGUACAGCCUAGAGCCUGAAGACAGAGUUCCGAAGCUCCAGGUUCCACUCCCUGUGAAACCCAAGCCUGCUCCAGCCAAUCGGAAACUGGAGAUUGGACAUCCUCUGAUGCCUCAGAACACUAGUCUCUCUCCGACUAGAAACAUCAAUGAAAAUACAUUGGUGAAAAAUAACUCCUCUCUCUCCCCUCUAGUAGGGUUUGGUAGCAAGAAAAUAGGCAAGAAAAUCAAAAUUGACCUCAAAAAAGGUCUAGAGGGCCUGGGUUUUACAGUAGUUACCAGAGACUCCUCAGUCCACGGGCCUGGCCCCAUCCUGGUGAAAAACAUACUGCCAAGAGGAGCUGCUGUGAAAGAUGGCAGAAUGCAGUCUGGAGACAGGAUCCUGGAGGUGAAUGGCAGAGACAUCGCUGGUAAAAGCCAAGAAGAACUGGUUGCUAUGUUACGAGGUACCAAACAAGGAGAAACGGUGUCUCUCAUUGUGGCACGUCAGGAAGAAGUCUUCUUACCUCGAGAGCUGAAGGGGGAGCAGGACUGUGUCAUCCCCUUCCAGGAGGGUAAGGAGCAGAUGAUGUUCGAGGUCCCUCUGAAUGACUCUGGCUCAGCUGGGCUGGGAGUGAGCCUGAAAGGGAACAAAUCCCGAGAGACCGGAGCUGACCUUGGCAUUUUCAUCAAAUCCAUCAUCCACGGCGGGGCUGCCUUUAAGGAUGGGCGCCUGAGGGUGAAUGACCAGCUCAUAGCAGUAAACGGGGAGUCUCUGCAGGGGAAAUCCAACCACGAGGCCAUGGAGACUCUGCGCCGCUCCAUGUCGAUGGAGGGGAACAUUCGGGGGAUGAUUCAGCUGGUUGUGACCAGGAGGCUGGAAAAACAAAAUGAGGAGCAUUAUAAUUCUGGAACACUUCAGAGUCCAGCUUUUGAUAGCCAUCAAGGUUGGCAGUCAACUAAUAAGCCCAACGACCCUCUCCAACCAACUAUGGUGACUAACAGUAUAUAUGAAAGGAUAGUUGUGAAUAAGUCAAUGAUGAAUGGGAGAAAUGAAGACGAGCAGGAGGAAGAAUAUGGUGAGGAGGAUGAUGACCUGCUACCCCCACCGCUUCCACCCCACCCUAACGAUGAGCUGCUCAUGCGAACAACUCCUCUAAGACCAGAACGCCACAGGAGCCUGGAGCCGGGUGUGACGGCGCAUUUGAAAAAACCUCAUCCAGGCCUGGAUCCCUCACAACAGCAGCAGCCUGAAUCCAGCAAACUGAAGACUUCCAAAAGCAUGGAUCUUGUGGCAGAUGAAAGCAAUGUUGGAUCCCUGGCUGGACAGAAGUCGGGUGUUUCUCCCGGUCAAGACGUUGGUCCCACUUUGGGUUUGAAGAAGUCCAGCUCUCUGGAGAGCUUGCAGACAGCUGUAGCCACGGUCAGAAAGAAUGAUGUUCCCUUCCACAGACCAAGGCCUCACAUGGUACGGGGGCGAGGCUGUAAUGAGAGCUUCCGGACUGCCAUCGACAAGUCCUAUGAUGGCCCUCCAGAAAUGGAAGAGGAUGGAUUGUCUGAUGUGAGUUCAGGCCGCGAUACCCCAGCCAGUGGAUCUUCACGACAGGGCUUCAGAGACACAGACGAAGCCAAGAAAGACAAAAAGAAGAAAGACAAGAAGAAAGAAAAAUUGAAAGACAAAGUAAAAGAGAAAGACAAGAAAAAGUUUGACGAUGUAGAGGAGCAGGAGAAGAAAAGCAAAAAGAAAGGUUUUGGAGCAAUGUUGAGGUUUGGCAAAAAGAAGGAUGAGAAGGGAAAGCCGGAUCAGAAGAUUAACAAACAGAAGUCUGAAAUGCUUAGUGAGGAGGAACUUGAGAGAAUGAAAGAAGAGAGAGAGAGGAUUGAGGCGAAACACCAGGAACUGAGGGAGAAGCAAGCCAAAGUGAAAUACGAUCACACUCCUGCACAUGGUCCCCCACUGCCUGAUUUUGAAGAUGACGAGGCCGACCCAAAUUAUGCACGAAUCAACAACUUCAGGGAAAAGGCACCGCCCCAGAGAGUGUACAGGCCACCCUCCCCACACCUGCCCCCUGCACCCGUUAACUACCAGAAGGACCAUCCUGCAGAUGAAGAGCAUCUGGAAGGACUCUACGCCAAGGUUAACAAACCUCGAAACCAGCCCGCUCCGCAUGCUGACAGUGGACAGGGCGCAGCCAGCAAUGUAGACCGGAUCCAGCAACUGAGGAAGGAGUAUCACCAAGCCAGAAGAGAGGGGGUUGCUCCCCCAUACGAGGAAAUCGAAGGAAGAUGGAGAGGCCCUGAUUAUGAGCCCAGGUUACCUGGAAGAGGACAUGACGCACGUCCAGCUGUGCCUCGCUAUGAAGACAUAGAGAGGCAGUAUGCAUCUCUACCCAGGCGGGGGCCAGUGGAACUUGACGAUUACCCAAAGCAUCCACAGCCUGGAUAUGGGGAACGAGAGCACCCUUCCUACCCUGGACCCCAGCCUGCGUUCCUGCCUUAUCCUGCCAGGAGCAACUAUCCCCGGCCGCCUGAUCACAGGGGGGUGGACCCCAGGCAGAUAGACCCAGGCUACUACCCACCACCUCCACCCAGAGGACCCAAACGUCAAGAUGUGCCCCCUUCUCCUGCUGCUCUGAGAGGCCCACGUUUCGAGACUGCAGGCAGGACGUACCGCGGGUCCAGUCCAGAGCCUUACAGGAGUCAGGAGCCACGGCAGAAAAAGACAGCAGCUGUGUAGCAUGCAGCAGGGGCCUUGAUACGAACACCAGGGACACUUUGUAAUACACUGUCUUAUUGAAGGGUUGUCUUUUUUUUUUCUUUAUCAAAAGUGAUAAAUCCACUGAAAUUAAGUUUUAAGAGCAGUAAUAAUUAUUUACAGCUUGGUUUCACAUGUAUUUGGACUGAGGCAGGUGUUUCCUUCAGUCUUUCAAUUCCUUAGGUUGUUUCUUCUUUUUCUAGCCUUUGUUCAGAGAGAGACUCUACAGUACAUUAUUCACAGUAAAUAUUCACCUAAAAAAAGACAGUUGGAUAAAAUCUGUGGAUUUUCAUUAGGAUAAAUGAUGGAAAAUAAUGUGUUUGUGCUUUGCCAUGAAUCUUCUCUCACAUAUAAUGUUCAGAGAGACUCUACAGUACAUGCGCAAUGCAGUAAAAUUUACUUUCAGUUAGUUUAUUUUUUUUUUUUUUAAGUCAAAUAUUCACCUAAAAAAAAGACAAAGUUGAAUAAAAUCUGUGGAUUUUCAUUAGGAUAAAUGGGAGCAAAAGGUGCCUUACGUUAAAUGUAUGCAAAAAAUGAAAAUGAAAAAGCUGCUAAAACUUUUUUGAAAUACUUUUCAAAUAUUGCAUCAUUCCAGUCAAUCACAAAAGAGCAUUUUUUAUCCAAGCUGUGUCUUCUGCUCUUACUGCUAUAUGAAAAGAUAUGACAUUUAAAUUUGUGAGUGGCCAAAAUACUCCAGUGCUGUAGAAAAAAAAAAAAAGCCAUAGAUCCUCCCAUAGACAACAUUAGAGUUCCCAAAAGAAAUGUCAUUCUCUUUGUAUAUAAACUGUAUAAUACUGUAAACUGUUAAACCAAAUUGCUUUACACGAUCAAACCAGUGUUUCAGGACUGGCUGUAUCAGAUGCUUGUUUGAUUAUAUUUAAUGGAGACUAUUUACCGUGCCAGUGCAAACAGCAGAACUAAAUGAGCAUGCCUGGUACUGAAAAGAACAGCAAAAAAAAGUGACAUGUUUGUCUAGCAUUUUUUUCUACACUUCAUCCUAAAUUGAAUUUACUGUCAUUGCUUAGUAUUGUAUACUGUAUAUAUUUUUUAUUAUCUUUUUGUACUAUAUACUGUAAAAGGUCACCCCUGUGCAGUGAUCUCAGUAAAACACUACCCAAAUCGCAAUUAAUUGUGCUAACUGUCAGUUAUUUAAAAAAUGGAGAGAGAAGCGAGAAUUAGUUCUAAACUAUAAACAGGAUGGAGGCCAUGCUAAAGAAAUGCCAGCCUUGUUGUUCUUUUGAUGCAACACAUAGAGAAGUAAAGCAUCUGCAUGUGAGGAUAAAGAGGCUACUUAAUGCUUCAAAGGGGCUUUUCAAAGAGGUCAUUCCCUCCUAACCAUAAGCUGGUAUUUCUUUUCUGUAAAGAUGUUCUAAGAUCUGUAAAGAAGAAAUAAAGAUAAUUUCACAAUUCCACGCUUAACCAAUGUAGCUUAUUCACAUUUAGGACAUGCUGUAUGAAUACUAUGCUGUAUAACCAAUCCUUGUAAGGCCCUUCCCUAAGUUACCAUGUUCAAUGUUUCACAUUAAUUUGAUGUGCAAGUCAGAUAACAAAAUAAUUAGGGAACUGUGUAAAGCUUGAAAUUGGAUCUUCUAAAUGUUAAUUAUUCUCCCAGUUCUCUGUUUUGACAUAUACUGCACUGCGGUUGAGAUGCAACGCAUUGUAAAGCCUUCAGCUGCACUGGAAAAUAAUGUAUUUGUUCUUUGCCAUGAAUCUUCUCUCACGUAUAAUGUAUGUGAUUGUUAUAACAAAUUAGAUUGCAUACUUUUUUUCUGUCUACUUCAGUUUGUUGUUAUUAUUAAAUCUGCCUUUUAAGAGUGCUUUUUCAGAAAGGAAGAACGCGAAAGCUUUCAUUUGAUGGUACAAUAUUGGGAACGAAAGGGUACUUUUAUGUCAUUGAUGCCGAGGCUAAAAAAUCUUGGAGCAAAAGGAACAAAACUAACCUCAACGUGGUAAAUGGCUGUGUUCUGCUACCAGAAGUAAUAUAAACAGGAUUUAAUUAGGAGAUGCCACAUAUUAGCUUGUUUGAGUGUUUACAUUAUAUACCAAAUAAUUUUGCUUUGCCUUUGAUUGUUAAAUCAUGCUAAUGAGACCAGACAAAUUUGAAAUUGUUGUGUAACACAAAGAAUAAUUAUUUUCUCAUCAUUAAUAUGUAUUUUUUGUAUCAU